AUGACUCAGCCACCACAGCCUGCCGUGCGGAAUGGUAUAUACCAAGCGCCUGCUCAAAAACUUCUAGAGUUCCACAUGAUAGCUAAAAGAGGUGUUACUUUCACAGCUUUUGGAUUUUUUCAGAUCAACACCACACUUAUUGGCUCAGCUACUGAAAAAACCAGGUUUGCUCCGGCAGGGGCUGUGUAUAUACCAUUCCGCAUGACCCAGCCACCGCAGCCUGCCGGAGCAAACCUUAUUAGCCAAAUGGUCCACUGUCAACGACAUCUUUAA